UAAACUGACCGAAGUUCAGUUCUUAGGGCUACCUUAACCUAUCCCAGUCUAACGCGGACCAUGCAUGACCGAGCCUAUAAAUAUGAAGUAAAAACACCACCAGAGAACAUACCUGAACAGACCGAGCAAAUCAGUACAGGAUCUUGUGAAAUAAAGAUGUCUCAACAGACACCUAUCUGACAACUAUGUCGUUGCUGCUUCUGGUGCUGUUUUGCCAAGUCAUGGCCUCUGCGGAUUUCUUUGCACAUCAGGCCCCCUGUGAGCUGGAGCUGGAGGAGCUGAGGCAAAGUGUUCGGAUGUUGGAGAACACGCUGUUGAUUGGUGCCUGGAAAAUCGACCACAUGCGUAGACACAAGCACUUCGGCCUUCCACAACCCAGCAUGCAUCAGUCUGACCCAGCUCCUGACUCAAACCCCGAAACAAACCCACACCGCAACACGACAGAAGAGUUCAAAAGAGUACCACAAAACCCACAUCCCACAGCAGGGAACCUCAUCGUCCAUGAUAAAGACUGCUCUGAGCUGUAUGACAGACUGAGGCCUGUCAGCGGUUUCUACCGGAUACGACCCAGAGCGACCCUGGAGCCGUUCCUGGCCUACUGUGACAUGGAGGACGGUGGCGGCUGGACGGUCAUUCAGCGGAGACGCCACGGGAGGGUCAACUUCAACCGAGACUGGGUUGACUACAGGGACGGCUUUGGAGAGUUUAAGCUGUGGAACGAUGAGUUCUGGCUGGGGAAUGAACUCAUACACUCCCUGCUGGAGGAAGGUGAGAACCUGAUGAAGAUAGACCUGACAGACUGGACUGGAGAGAAGAGCCACGCCAUGUACAACAACUUCAGGGUCGCCGACGAAAAGGAUAAGUACCGCCUAUCCUUCGGUCAGUACAGUGGGCGUGCGGGGGACGCCCUAAGCGGGGGCUCGAACAUGGUGGAGCAGUGGUCUGCCUCCCAGGGUGGAAUGUACUUCAGCACCAGGGACCAGGACAAUGACCGCUUCCUGCAAGGCAGCUGUGCCCAGGAGAAUCAGGGGGGCUGGUGGUAUAACAGGUGUCAUGCUGCCAACCUGAAUGGAAAGUUCUACCGGGGAGGGGAAUACAAAGCUAAGUUUGACAAUGGCGUGGUGUGGGGAACGUGGAAGGGCCUCUGGUAUUCCCUCAGACACACCACCAUGAAGGUGAGGCCCCGGCUCUUCCUGGACAGCAGCCUGGGCAGUGGAGCAGGGCCGGACGGAUAGCUCCAGCAGGAAAGUCAGAGGCUUCACCCUUGUUUUAGGCCCCAGUAAAUGAAGGGGCUGUUUCAGCUAGACAAAUAAUAUGUGUAAUAGUGAUAACGUGGAAAGACUUAGAGCCAAUCAAUUGAUAUCAUAAUGACUUAAAUUCAUUUGUAUCUUUGUAUCUUCAUCUUACAUUGUUUACACAUCGUGUUCAUAUAUUCCAUAACUUUUUGUUCAAAUAACAACAGAUAAGUUGGCAUGCUAAAAUAAUAAAUGUGCAUUACAAACACAAAGGUCUCCCUGAUGUUUCCCAAAUUGCAACUAGAACAGUAUGCCUCAUAUGAAUACUGAAACAAACAGACAUGUUACAUCAGGUAGAUUGCUUUUUCAUACAUAAAAUACUGAGAGGCACACACUUCAUGGCGUUAUUUUUCUGCUUCACAAAAACUUUCUGCCUCAACCCCCCCCCCUCAAACAAA